GGUAAGAGUUAAACUUCCGCAGUGCGGUUGUGAGCAUAGCAAUUCGAGCUAAAUAUACACAAGCUUAACUUACGUGCCAAUAAGAACAGGAACGUUUUUCAAUAAGACGACUUUAAAAUUCGCGACAGGUUCGAUACCAACACACAUGAAGUCCAUGGUAGCUAAGUUUGUGUGGUCAGUUUGCGGAGACUACCUUGACCUUCUACGACAAUUUCGCUUACAUCAUGAUCGCUAAGCCUUAAAGAGUCCGUGGCCCCAAUGUCGUGUACGACCAGCGCCGUGGAGUGUGUCGAGUCCACCGGGCAAGUUGUUAUCAUAGAAGGCUGCUUACCCGCUGACAGCAUCGACACAGCAGCGAUACCACCAAUCCAGAAGUUGCUGGUCAGUAAUGGAGAGGCAGGAGAAGGUUUUUGCUGCGACGAAUGUCUUGCGCUCUACCAAAACCAGAGCGAAGCCUUCAAGACCAGCGGCCCAUCUUUUAUCCUCGACUUUCCCACAAACAUGGGCGUCCCCGAGAGGGCGCUCUUGACGUUGCCCUACGGCCUGACGGUGGGCCGCUCCAGUAUUCCCGGCGCAGGUGUUGGGGUCAUCAAUCACGGGCCCGCGCUCGCACCCGGUAUGCAUUUCGGACCGUUUGAGGGUGAAGAGACGAGUGUGGAGAAUGCCAUUGAAAGUGACUUUUCAUGGGAGAUUUACAAAGGGCAAGGUGCUUAUGAGUACAUUGAUGCCUCUGCAGAAUCUCUGUCAAAUUGGAUGAGAUAUGUCAAACGUGCUCGCAGCAGGGAUGAGAGCAAUCUGCUGGCAGUGCAAUACAAAGGCAGCAUCCUGUACCACUGCUGCCGCAGUGUCAAUGCUGGCGAAGAAUUGCUGGUGUGGCCCAGCGGCAAGCUCCUCACACGCUUCAGCGAUGCCUGGACACAAAUCUGGUUGACCAAGCUUCAGACUGCAGCAGAGGGUAUGCUGCCUGCGACGUCUCAGGUCUUUGUGUGCGUCCAGUGUCAGCUGACCUUCACUACCGAGGCCUUCCUCCAGUGCCACACCGACUGCUUCCACUCAAAUCAACAGCUGAAAUCCCACCCUGAUGAAACCACGCCAGAAAAUCCUACCUCCGAUGCCGGGAUCUCUGCUCCCACCCCGACGCUGCUUCCAGACGAUGCAGUCAUGUUGAUGGCCUGCUCUGACUGCGGUAAGACUUUCAAGCAGGCGUCGCACUUGAAGAGACACAAACUGUGUGUGCACAGGAACAGGCGCCCUUACUGCUGCACGCUGUGCCGGCGUAGCUUCAGCCAAGCGUCUGGUUUGGUUCGACACCAGGUCGUUCACAGGAAGCCAGGCAGGACGAAAGAGGGAAUAAAUGCGGUGGAAAACGGUGGCUCCCAAGAAGAGGCUUCGAACAACACUUUGGAUGUAAUGGCAAGCGAGCAACCGAGUGAUGCAAAGGUUGGGAUUGCUGAUGAGGUGGGUGAGCAGGAAGUGGAGGAGCAGCCCCACGUUUGCCCCGAGUGCGGCAAAAGUGUCCGUAACAAAGCACUCCUCAAGAAGCACAAGGCACUGGUGCAUGAUAAGAUUCGCCCGUAUGUGUGUAGCCUGUGCAAGCGUUGCUUUGGUCAGUGCAGUGACCUUACCCGCCACCUGCAGCGCCACCGCACGCAGCGCACAGGGCGCUCGAGGGCGCACCGCGUGUCCGGGGCGCCCGGCGAGAUGCCCUUUAGUUGCGGCGAGUGUUCGCUCGCCUUUUCGACUGUGGACCUCCUGCAGCUGCACGUCAGCAGCAGUCACCCGGAGGAUACCCGAGAUCAGAACGACCCCGAUGCCGUCCCGCAACCUUCGGAGGCGGCUGUUACGAGGCUUCCCUCUGCGAGGCCACGGCGACACGCCUCCAAAUCCAAAAUUUCCUCCAUCACCGAGAUUGUCGGUCCUAAUCAAACCGCAAGUGGCGAAGACAGUGAGAUGCAAGUGAAACCCAAGUUCUUCUCUUGUAACUACUGCAAUGAAAGCUACGCCGACCCAGAUGAUCUGCGGGCGCACGCGUGCAACCAGCAGCACCACGUGUGCACCCUUUGCGGCAAGAACUUCGGCCAGUCCGCCCUCCUGCGCCGUCACGAGCAGACCGUUCACCAGAGCGUGCCGCCGCACCGUUGCGAGCAUUGCGGCAAGGUCUUCGUGGAGUCGGCGGGCCUGCAGCACCAUCAGCGCGCCGACAACUGCAGGAAGUACCACUGCACCACCGAGCUUUUCUCCUGCGCCCACUGCCAGUUCUCCUUCACCGCCAAGAGCUUCCUGGCCAAGCACGUUCGCAGGCACCACCCAGCGGAGUACCUGACUAACAGCCUGACGUAUCAGCCGGAGGAGCAGGACGUCAAGGUGUUCACGUGCUCCCGCUGCGAGAAAGGCUACGCCAACGCCAAGGCUUUUAAAAGCCACUCGUGCUUUCAACAGGUGAAGGUGCUCUACUUCUGCGCCGACUGCGGCAAGGGCUUCGGCAACCACUACACCCUGAAGCAGCACCGGCGCACGCACACGGGCGAGAAGCCCUACGGCUGCCCGCACUGCGCCAAGGGCUUCGCCCACUCAAGCCAGCUCACCGUGCACCUGCGCACGCACACGGGAGAAAAGCCCUACCUGUGCACACACUGCGGCGAGAGCUUCCGCCAGUCGGGCGACCUGAAGCGGCACGAGCGCAAGCACACGGGCGUGCGGCCCUACAACUGCGAACAAUGUUGCAAGAGCUUCAGCCGCCCGCAGAGCCUCAAGGCGCACCACAUGCUGCACAUGGGACAGCGCAUGUUUCCUUGCGCCACGUGCGGGAAAAGCUUUUCGAGGAAUUAUCACCUGCGCAGGCAUCACCGGAAAAUGCACACUUAACGCAAGACAUUUAUUUUGACUACGUUCAGCCAGCCGUGGUUUGGAUCUGCUUUUGUUUUUGAUAUUUGUUAAGAAUUCAGGUCAAUGCAUAUUUGGAAUUGGCAGCACGUUGACCACAGCCACCAAUGGCGCUCUUGAGUCUGUCUCCAACGAGUUUGCUGAGAAGUAUGCGGCAUCCAGGUAUCCAGUUUCACUUAAUUGGUCUGAAAAUUAUUUAAUUCCUGCAAGUAAUGUUUCUUUCAUCUAUCUGUACUAGCAGUGUAUAGUGACAAGCGGAAAAAUGCUAGAUUCGCGUUUACAUAAUUCAUCCGUUUUUAUGUGCAAUUUCACGUGACCUUGCUGGCUGUUCAGACAAAAGCUUAAUAAAUAUAUCUUUGCUUUCUACA